UUUACUAAUUUUUAGCUUUUUUUAUCCACAAUAACUUCAGUCAAAUUUGAUAAACUACUCUUUUUAUCUCAAAGACUUUUCUCACUCCUUAUUUUAUUUCUUUCCAUUUCACUUGUGUCCAAACAAAUCAUUACUUCUAAUUUUCCAUUUCAUUUGUGUCCAAACAAAUCAUUGCUUCUAACAUUAUUUAACUUGGAAAGUCCUCCAAGAUCAACAUCACAUGAUCAUCUCUCUCACACACAAAAAAAGAAGCAUGAUGGGAGAUGAUGCAGAUUCAUCGGAUUUACUGCUAUUCCACGACUUUCCCACCUUGAUGAGAGUCUACAAGGACGGCCGAGUUGUAAGGCUCGCCGGAAAUGACGUCGUCCCGCCGGACCCGGACCUCGAAACCGGAGUCAGAUGCAAAGACAUCGUGAUUUCCCCGGAUCCCAAAGUUUCCGCCCGGAUUUUCCUGCCCAAGACCGCCGCUCCGGGCCGAAAGCUCCCGCUUUUAGUGUACUUUCACGGCGGAUGCUUCCUCAUCGAAUCUGCUUUCUCUCCGACUUACAAGAAACAUCUUUGCUUAGUCUCGGCGGAAUCCGACGCCGUCAUCGUCUCCGUCGACUACAGACUUGCCCCGGAGCACCCGAUCCCGGCGGCCUUCGACGAUUCCUGGCUUUCCCUGAACUGGGUCGCGUCCCAUUCCACCGGCGCCGGCGGGGAAGAGUGGCUCAGGUCGUACGCGGACUUCGAUCGGGUGUUCCUCGGCGGCGACAGCGCGGGGGCAACCAUAGCGCACAGGAUGGGAAUUCGGGUCGGGCUGGAAGGGCUGAACGGGAUCGUGAUCGACGGGAUCUUCCUCAACUGCCCGUUUUUCUGGGGAAAGGAUCCGAUCGCCGACGAAGCGGAGAACACGGAAGUGCGGUCACUUCUCGAGGACAUCUGGAAGUUCGCGAACCCGACGACAACCGGGCCGGAUGACCCGCUGUUGAACCCGACAAUGGACCCGGAACUCGCGAAUCUGGGGUGCAAGAAGGUGCUGGUUUAUGUGGCAGAGAAGGAUCCGAUGAAGCACAGAGGGCGGCUCUACGCGGCGGCGCUGGGUAAAAGGGGGUGGCCCGGGGCGGCGGAGGUGGUGGAAGCUAAAGGGGAGCACCACGUCUUCAAUCUGUUCUCACCCACAUCUGAUAAUUCCAUGGCUAUGGUGAAAAAUUUGGCAUCUUUUUUCAACUCUGAACCAUUCUUGAACGUGGCCGGUGAAAUCAAAGUCUAGGAUUUGAUUCUCCGGCGUUGAUCUCGAUGGGGUUAAACUUUUUUAGUCCACGACCAAUCUACCAUUGUAACAUGUGUGUAUCUUGCUAUCUUGUUUUGCUGUUAAAUACUCAUCGCUCCUCAAAAUAAAUUCUACCUUAAAUGUUGUAAUAGUAUCAUUAGAAUUAUACCACUGGUAUUUACAAAUUGGUAUAUCAAUAAAAAAAUAAAGGAGUAAAUUCCAUAAAAGAUUUUCAGUUAU